AUGUGGCAAAAAUCUUUAUCCCAUUCAAUAAACUCAACCUAUAAAAGACAACUAUUACAAAGGGCUAUCAUACAGAAUAAACUUUUUAAUCAAGGUCAAAUUCUAUCAACUAGAUAUUAUUCAUUAGAUUUAAAUCCAUUUCUUUCAUGUAAAAAUAAUUUUAGAUAUUAUUCUAAACCUGCAAAUUCCACAGCUACAGAACCUUUAGUCGAACCUAUAUCUGUAAUAAAUAGAAAUCCUGAUCUAAACAUCUCUAUUUCGAAAAGCGCUGCUGAAAGAUUAGGCCAAAUUCAUAACGAUUCUCAAGAAGCAUUACGUUUAAAAGUAGAAAGUGGUGGAUGUCACGGGUUUCAAUAUUCUUUAGGCUUGGAACCUGAGGAUAAUUCAUCAACUACAAAUGGAAAGAAAUCCGCACAAUUGGGAAAUGAUGAUGAAAUUCAAGAUGAAUUCACUGAUGAAUUCGAUGAUGAAUUCGAUGAUGCUAAAUUAAAUCCAGAAAUUACAUAUAUUUUGCCAAGUGGGGCAAAAAUAAAAAUGGAUCAAAAUACUUUGAAGAUAUUGAAUAAUACAUGCUUAACUUAUACCACUGAAUUGAUUGGUUCAUCAUUCAAGAUCACAGGUGGCUCUUUAAAGAGCCCAUGUGGAUGUGGUAGUAGUUUUGAUGUGGAAGAAUGA